AUGGGAAGAGAAGAGCAAGUUGAGGAGCGGGAAGUCCUCGAUAGUAUCUUUCCGGAGGAGAUCCAAGAUAUAUCUGAGACCGAAUUCCGGAUAUCGAUUCUCCUAGACGUCAUAAAUGACCCAGGCGAAGACAGCGAGUCCCCAACUGUACUGUUGCAAGUCAAGUAUCCGGAGGCCUACCCAGAGGAGGCACCUAUCCUCGACCUUCUCGCCCCUCAAAAUGCGCCGCAAAACCAGUUCUUCAGCGUCGGCGACGAUCGGCAAAGCCUUCUAGAUGGACUAGCGGACACGAUUGAGGAAAAUAUGGGGAUGGCGAUGAUAUUUACACUAGUUUCUACGUUGAAAGACAAUGCUGAGCAGUUGAUUGUGGAGCGUCAAGUAGCGGCCCGGCAACAAGACGAGCAGAAGCUAUUAGCCGUGGAACGGGAAGAGAACAAGAAGUUUCAUGGAACACCGGUGACACCGGAAACCUUUGCUACCUGGAGGGAAACAUUUAGGGAAGAGAUGGAGGACCAAAGGACCACGGAGGAAGAAGCUGAAGAAGCGGCGGAGAAGAAGCGGAAUAAAGGCAAGGACGCAGUGGUGCAGCUGACGGGAAAGCAGCUCUGGGAGAGGGGCUUGGUUGGUAAGGUUGACGAGGAUGAAGAGGGUACCAUUGAGGAUCCAUAUCCAGCCUGUAAAGGCGCUUAA